CGGUGAGGGACUGGACCAGAACCAGACAGUGACUUUGCUGCAGGCUCACGAGUACCAUGCUGCCCCGCUGUGCAUUCAAUGUGUGCCAUGUGUUUGUGCUGGUGCUGUGUCUGUCUUCGGCUGAGGACUUCGACUGGACAAAGAACGACCACAGCUCCUUCUAUUAUGGCACUUUUCCAGCUGGAUUUUCGUGGGGUGCCGGCAGUUCAGCCUAUCAGACAGAAGGAGCCUGGGACAAAGAUGGAAAAGGACUGAGCAUCUGGGACGUGUUCAGUCAUAAGAAGGGCAUAAUUCAACAAAAUGACACGGGAGAUUCCUCUUGUGAGGGCUACUACAAAACCAAGGAUGAUGUUUCUCUGAUGAAGGAGCUGAAGCUUAAUCACUAUCGCUUCUCCAUAUCGUGGCCUAGACUCAUCCCCACCGGCAUAAAGUCCGACCAUAUAAAUGAAAAGGGAAUACAGUACUAUGAGGAACUGAUUAACCACCUGCUGGAGAACAACAUCACUCCUAUUGUUACUCUGUAUCACUGGGAUCUUCCACAGGUCUUACAAGAGAAAUAUGGUGGAUGGCAGAAUAUAAGCAUGGUCAAUCAUUUCAAUGAAUUUGCUAACCUGUGCUUUGAAAGAUUUGGCAACCGAGUCAAGUACUGGAUCACUUUCAACAAUCCGUGGUCUGUAGCAGUUGAAGGCUAUGAGACAGGCGAGCAUGCUCCUGGAAUGAAGCUGAGAGGGACGGGGGCGUACAGAGCUGCCCAUCAUAUAAUCAAGGCACAUGCUAAAGUGUGGCACAGUUAUGACACACAGUGGAGGGGAAAACAAAAAGGUCUGGUGGGAAUCUCUCUGUCCGGAGAUUGGGGCGAGCCAGUAGAUAUCAGCAACCAGAAAGACAUUGAAGCGGCCGAGAGAUAUGUCCAGUUCUACCUGGGCUGGUUUGCCACACCCAUCUUUCAUGGAGACUACCCACAAGUCAUGAAAGACUUCAUUGGAAGAAAGAGUGUCCAACAGGGUCUGGGAACGUCUCGCCUGCCCACAUUUUCCCCCCAAGAGAAGAGCUACAUCAAGGGGACUUGUGACUUUCUGGGCAUUGGUCAUUUCACCACCCGCUACAUCACCCAGAAGAACAACCCAUCGGGUCGCAGCAGCAGCAGCUACUUCACUGACCGUGACUUGGCUGAGCUGGUUGACCCACGAUGGCCUGACCCCGGGUCUGAGUGGCUCUACUCCGUGCCUUGGGGAUUCAGACGUCUGCUCAAUUUUGUCAAGACCCAGUACGGAAACCCGAUGGUUUAUGUCACCGAGAACGGAGUCUCUGAGAAGAUGCUGUGCACAGAGCUGUGUGAUGACUGGAGGAUACAGUAUUAUAAAGACUACAUCAAUGAGAUGCUGAAAGCAAUCAAAGAUGGAGUCAACGUGAAGGGCUACACUGCAUGGUCCCUGCUGGACAAGUUUGAGUGGGAUGAAGGUUACUCUGAGAGGUUUGGCUUGUACUAUGUGGACUUCAGGAACAAAAACAAGCCUCGCUAUCCCAAAGCUUCUGUCCAGUUUUACAAACGCAUCAUAAGCUCCAAUGGAUUUCCCAAUCAGAGGGAGGUUGAGAACUGGAGGAGGAAGGCUAUGGAGACCUGCUCUUCUAGCAACCAGCUUCUAGCUGCAGAGGAACAGCGGAGUACUGCUGCCAAUAUUCUAAGACUUAUACAUGAUCCCUUGACCAGCCACAUGGAGAUGGUGACUGAAAUUGUUGUUCCCACUGUGUGCACACUCUCUAUUUUGCUCAGUGCCAUCUUCCUUAUGUUCCUGCUGCGGAGGAGGAACUAGAAAGGUGCUUCCACAGUGUGCAUG